GCUCUCUGCUGUGGCCUUUGUAAGUUCUUUGCAACAGAAGAAUUUGCUUUAGUAUUUUUCCAUAGUCAAAAAGCCAAUGAAAGCUACCUUCAAGACAAAUGCUGACAUGGUGUUGUGUUGUACAGAGUAUCAUGUAAUGCAAGGUUGAGCAAUUAGUACUCAGACGCUGGAUGAUGGAGCAGACCUCUUUGAUGCUGACUGAUUUUUGAACAGCACACACAUGCCCCUUUCAGAAAUACAAGCAGAACAGUGAAAACGUGCUGGCAGAAAACAAAGUUCAAAGAGACAUUUUGCCCUCAAUAUACAUGCACUGUAUCCAUGUAUAUUGGAUCCAACCUCUCUCUUUAAAAUGUGACUCUCUUAUAAAUUCUCCAGCCCCUUAAUUUUUUUUAUUCAUGCCUCUGAAUUUCCUCCAAUGUUCUAUACUUUCCUGGUACCAAAGGAGCUCAAAAACCACCCUACUUAACUAUCUCUUUUAACCAGAAUCAGACCUUAUAUAGGAAAGCCCCUGGAAACAUAUAAUAAAUGCUUACAUUUACUGUCUUCAUCAUAAUGGUACCACACAUCCUGAUAGGAAAGGGGUAAGGGACAGGAAACUGUUAACUAUAGCAAGCAAGAAGAGCGAGGCAGCCCAUGACUCACCAAGACACAGAAACUGUAGCCAGGAGUUACAAAAGCUGCUCACUUGAUUGGCCCCUGUAGAAGCCAAAAUAUACGUAGUCAAUUAUAAUUCUUCCUAACAAUCCAAUUAUAUCUGGUGUUAUCUUGCCAUGGUCAAAAAGGCUGCAUGACCCUCCAUUUACUCAGACAUGCCAGAUAGCUGAUUCCUUAGCAAAUUAAAGUAUUGUACAGAUGUAAUGUAAGUAAUGACAACAUCAGUGGUUACAACUGCAACAUCAUGAGUUCUACUAUGGACAGAUGUCAGACAACAGGUACCAUCCUAGAGAAACCACUAUUUAGAGGCAAUCCAGUGUUUAGUGACUGGUAUAUGAGCAACACCUAACAGGGAAGGCGUCAUUUCCCAUUUUCAAUAGGGCAUCAAUAAGCAUCCAGUCUACACUACAGCAGUUAAUAGGCCUGGGAUUAAAUUCAUAUGUCUUUUAAAAACAAAACCAUUUCAUUCUGUGCACAUAUUCAACAAAGCCUGUAUGGCCACAGUGAAACAGGGCUUGCAAUUCCUACAUGAAGUUAGCCAGUACAGCAAUAAGCAGAGGAGAAGCAUCAGAUUCUUCAGGUAGAGGGGGGUGAAGGGCCAAGUGCCUUAGAAAGUAAAAAUCAAUAAGAUGUUUACAAGCAGCUGACAUGGCACAUGGGUAUCAUUCAGGCUGACUGUAAUGCAGUGUCUCACUUCAGAAUGGCUGUGGCUUCUCUCCACAGUAUGUUGUAGUUUGUUCAGAGAGACCAACAAAGUGUCAGGAGUUUUAAAAAAAUGUAUCUGUACCUGAUUGAUGUCAUCUUGGAAUACAGUAACCAUCCAAACUUUGGGCGAGGGUUAAUUAUUAUUAAAUCUCAAAAAAGAAAUGUGCAAAAGCUGCAAAUUUUCACUUAUGUGGAUAAGGAGUUCCUCCCUCUGCUUCUCCCCUCCCUUUGUUUGCUUUGUCCUUGGAUAUUCUUCAUUCCCAGCUGCUAUCAGAAAGCAUGGUCCAUAUCAUCAGGUGUUGUCCUUCACUAACGCUAUAAAGGCAUGAACUAGUGCCACGGUCAGCUUUUGCACUGAACACAGGAGGCAACUGACAUCUCCAGACCAUGCUGCCUGCAACAUUCAAACUGUGCUGUGGGAUCUCACAUGAUCACCUUCGAAGGAUAACUGGCCUGAAAAGAACAGCUAUGGCAGCUAUUGGGCAUGACCUGCAAGGAAUUAUGUUAAAAGGAUCUCACUGUCUUUCUUCUAAAGUUCCCAGCUAUGUUCAGAGGUUAAUGUGGAAAGAUACUGCUGGGACUCGGGAACAUGGCACUGGCAUCAGCUCUGACUGGUUUUCAAGCACAGAGCUGUCUUAUGUGAAUCAAGGAGAAGUUACCCUGCACAGGGCAAUGGAGAUACUGCAGCAGCAAAAUGGUUGGCAGAUAGAAACAAAGCAGGGAAAUGGAGAUGCAGUGCUGAGUACAGUCAUCCCACAGCUUGGCAAAGUCUUCCGAAUGGAGGGGGUGUUGGCUGUUCCAAUGGACCAAUUGUACCAUGAGCUGUUUGAGAGCCUGGAACGAAUGCCUGAGUGGAACCCUACUCUCAGCCAAGUCAAGAUUCUACAAAGAAUUGGGAAGGACACCCUGUUGACUCAUGAAAUUGCAAGUCAGAGCCCCGGGAACCUUGUUGGCCAAAGGGACUUUGUCAACAUACGGCGCUGCUGGAAGAAAGAGACAGCAGUGUAUUUGGUUGGCACUGCAGCCUACUCGGAGCUUAUCCCAUUGCAGGAGGAGCGAGUCAGGGCUGAGGCCACGCUCAGCUGCAUCGUUCUGCAGCCACUGGAAGAGAACCCAAUGCAGACCCGCUUCACCUGGCUCUUGAGCAUGGACCUUAAGGGAUGGAUCCCCAAGUCUGUUAUCAAUUAUGUCCUGCCACAGUCACAAGCAGAUUUUAUCAAACACCUCCGCCAGCAUCUCUCCAUCUCAGCAUGGCCCUGAGCUUCCAGGAGGAUGGACUCCACCGUGGUACAAGGUUGCUAUAAGAGGAGAAGGAACUAUCAGAAAGCAUGGUGAAAGAGAAGGGUAUCCAUGGUGUUCUCUUGCUGCUACAGUCAUGCAGGCAUGACAGCUGAGGUGCAGAACUCUGAACCCAGUGACAAACACCCCAGUGUUUGGAAAGGAUUCAUCUCUGGUGUUUGGCUUUCAGCUGAUAGCACAGCUCAUAUCCAACAGUUUACUUUGUGCCUCUCUACUUAUAACAGUCUCCUCCACUACUUUUCUUGCAAGAAUUUGGCCAGGCAGUUCUGCCAGCAACAAACUUCUGUAGUCCCCCAGCCUCUGCAGUGAACAUGGGCAACUUGGAAAGCAAAAGGGAGCUUGAUUACCAGCGUGGUCUGUUGGAAGCGGGGAAAUGUCAUCAAAGCAGUUUCUGCUGUUAAAGUACUGAAGUAGCAUGUUCUAAUCAAAUAGUAGAGGAUGUGUUCAGGAACCCUAACUGAUGUCCCUGCCUGUCAGCUCACCACUGCUGAUAUUAAUGAUGGUGUCUGGCCCCCUCUUGUGAAACAUCAUCUCUUGCUGUACUGACCCAUUGUAGAAGGGACAGCACGUAAAACACAUUUAAUACUUUUUCAUAUAAGCUUCCAUUCCAUAUUUUCCCUCUGUUUCAAUGUUUCCAGUUAUUGUUCUCAUUAUUUACACUGUCAUCAUUUGUAAACACAGACUCUGGUUUUGUUUCUGGAUUUAUUUGUCAGUCACAGUUUCUUUAAAAAGACUAAACUGUUUUAUUUUUCUGUAUUUUGACAGAAUCACAGAUAGUCAAGGACACUUACCUCACCAGUCUGAGGCCCUGUUUUGAUGGGCAGAAAGGGGUAUUUUCAUUUUAUGCUAGCUCUCAAUUUGGCUUAAUACAAUUGGAAAGCCCACAGGAGGAUGUAGAAUAACACAUCUGAAGCCACUUUAGCAAUCUGUUGGUUGGCCAAGAUGAAGUCCAGUGGCUUGUGUAAGAAACUUAAGAACUUAAGAAAAAUUAUCCAAAUUAACUUUUCAAAUAGAUUAAACUGCAUUAAACCUCUUUGUGGACAUACUUAUCCAAAUUGAAAGUAGUCUUAAUUCAACUUCAUUAAAUUUUCUUUAGAAGUAAAUGAUGUCUUAGCAAGGCCUCCUCAUUUCAAAUAAGUGUCCAUGGAGUGGCUAAUCCCCUUAGAACCACAUUUUUAGUACAUUCAGAUCAAGUAUCCUGAGUGUCCCAGUGUUGGCAAACCUUAGUUGAAACAUGAUCGAGUAACAAUUAUUCAAAAGGAUUAUCCUGCCUUUUGAGAGAUUUUAAAUUCUUGAAGCCAGGUUAACUGAAUGGCUGAAAAACAACCUUUCUGUCUACCACAGCAGAGCUCAGGGAAUUACAGUGCAGAGAGAAAAAGGGGGGUGGUACACGCAAAUCUAGAGAUGCUUCAAUUCCAUCAAGGUGUUCCACUGACUACCUAAUUUGUGUAAGAGUGGAGUUCAGGUCACCAGGCACCUAUGUAGUGGGAUUUCCUGGUAAUUAUGUGACCACAUCUUUAUAAGUAGAAUAAACCCUACUAGCUACUUCAAAAUAGUAGCUGAAAACCAAUGUGAACAAUUGCCUUGGCUUUCUCACCAGGGUACCUGUUUUAGAAAUAGUGUUGCUUAGUUAAAUUAAUAUUUUGCUUAACAGGAUGAACCUGCACAGAACAGCAAAGCAUAGUUAAAAACAAACAUUGCAAUAGUAAAUCUGAAUCCUUCUAGGCUGUGGGAAAUGGCACUAUUAUAGCCAUUUCAGCGUGACUGCUAAUUUAUCAGUUUGCAUGUUUUUUGCAUGUCUUAUUUAUUGAGCAGGAAUACCAUCACAAUGGCUGUAAGUCUUGGUAAGAAUCUGCCAGCUGCAUACAAACAUUACUAGUUGAAGUAAAAUAAAGAAACAAUGUGUGGUCUCCCUAUGGCCAGGACUAAUGGAAUGUGCCUCUCAUUUAUACCCCAGUUUGGGGGGUGGGAGAGGAGGAAGGUUUGGUGAACAUAAUCCCCAAUAUGGACAAAGGCUUAAUCUUUAGAUGAUAC